UCCCGCCAAAUACCUGUUUGUUGAGUUGAGGUUGAAAGUUUAUAAUCUCGUUCGCAGGAUACAUAAUUUUCUCAGUACUAAACAAUAAAAUCUGUCUAUUCUAUAAUUGAAAAUUCAAUAAGCAGGAGAAAAAAAAAAUAGCUAAAAUUGAAAAAUGUCGCAAAAUUCCGAUAUGAACUCACCCCCAGAUAAUCCUCAAUCUAUACGUUCAAAUAUGUCUUCACCUGCUCAAGACUUACCUCCAUUCGAAGAUGAAGCAGAUUUGUUUGGAAAUAUGGAUCAAGAUCUGCUAGAUGAAGAUGAUGGAGAAGAUCUUUUUGGAGAUAAUAUGGAAAAUGAUUAUCGUCCUGUACCACAUUUGGAUCGUUAUGAUAGACGUAUUUUAGACGAAGAGGAUUAUGAUAAUAUAUCUAUAUCUGAACGUUUAGCAGCUGAAGAAGAAUUGAGAAGAAGGGAUCGUGAAAUGGGAAUUAUACGCAGAGAUGAAAGAGAAUUAUUUUAUGAUGAAAGUGAUGAUGAGGAUCCACGUAGAAAGAGAAGAAUGGCUGAAAAAGCAGUUGAAGAUAAUGAUACUGAAAUGAUUGAGUCCAUUGAAAAUCUCGAGGAUACUAAAGGAUAUAGUACUAAAGAGUGGGUCGUAAUGGUUGGCCCAAGAACAGAAAUUGCUAACAGAUUUAAGAAUUUCCUCAGAACAUUUGUUAAUUCCAAAGGGCAGUAUGUGUUCAAGGAGAAAAUUAGGAGGAUGUGUGAGAAUAAUCAGUGCAGUUUUACAAUAGAGUUUUCUCACUUAGCACACAAAGAACAUGUGCUUGCUUAUUUCUUACCAGAAGCCCCCUUCCAAAUGUUGGAAAUUUUUGAUGAAGUGGCUAAGGAAAUAGUACUGUCUAUGUAUCCUAGUUAUGAUCGUGUAACUAAAGAAAUUCAUGUGAGGAUAUCAGAUUUACCUCUUAUUGAAGAAAUUAGAACAUUCAGGAAACUCCAUAUCAAUCAAUUGGUGAGAACAAUUGGAGUAGUAACUGCCACAACAGGAGUAUUGCCACAACUCUCUGUCGUUCAGUUUGAUUGUAAUAAAUGUGGUUUCGUGGUUGGUCCUUUUGUUCAGUCUCAACAAAGCGAAGUUACUCCUGGUGCUUGUCCAGAAUGUCAUAGUACUGGGCCAUUCACUGUUAAUAUGGAACAAACAGUAUAUAGAAAUUAUCAGAAAGUUACUUUACAAGAGUCUCCAGGUAGAAUACCUGCAGGCAGGGUUCCUCGAUCUAAAGAUUGCAUUCUAUUAGCUGAUUUAUGCGACAGAUGUAAACCUGGUGAUGAAGUCGACAUAACAGGAAUAUAUACCAACUCUUUUGAUAAUUCAUUGAAUACCGACAAUGGGUUUCCAGUAUUUUCCACAGUUAUUUUUGCCAAUCAUUUAGUAGUUAAGGAUUGCAAGCAGAUUGUUCAGUCAUUGACAGAUGACGAUGUGAACGCAAUUAUUAAAAUGAGUAAAGACCAUAGGAUUGCUGAUCGCAUUGUUGCUUCAAUAGCGCCCUCUAUUUUUGGACAUGAUUACAUCAAGAGGGCGCUUGCUCUUGCUUUAUUUGGUGGAGAGAGGAAAAAUCCUGGAGAGAAGCAUAAACUGAGAGGAGAUAUCAACGUUCUUAUUUGUGGUGAUCCCGGAACAGCGAAGUCACAGUUUUUGAAAUUUGCUGAAAAAAUUGCACCAAGAGCAGUAUUCACUACAGGUCAAGGUGCAAGUGCUGUCGGUUUGACAGCUUAUGUUAGAAAAAAUCCAGCUAGUAAAGAGUGGACUCUUGAAGCUGGCGCUUUAGUCCUUGCUGAUCAGGGAAUAUGCUUAAUAGAUGAAUUCGAUAAGAUGAAUGAUCAGGACCGAACUUCUAUUCAUGAAGCCAUGGAACAACAGUCUAUAUCCAUUAGUAAAGCUGGUAUAGUUACUAGUUUACAAGCUAGGUGUUCGGUUAUAGCGGCAGCCAAUCCAACUGGUGGCCGAUAUGAUCCUAGUAUGACAUUCUCUGAGAAUGUUAACUUAUCUGAUCCUAUUCUUUCACGUUUUGAUAUUUUAUGUGUAGUUAGAGAUGAAGUAGAUCCCAUUCAAGAUCAGCAUUUAGCAAGAUUUGUAGUAAACUCCCAUAUCCGGCAUCAUCCAUCGAAAAAGGGGGAUAUUAUUGAUAUUCCAGAAGUGGAUGAUCUAACUAUUCCACAAGAGAUGUUGAAAAAAUACAUAGUUUAUUCCAAGGAAAAUGUUCAUCCAAAAUUACAGAAAAUGGAUACAGAAAAGUUGGCCACAAUAUACACACAAUUGAGGCAAGAAUCAAUGGCUACUGGCAGUUUACCUAUCACAGCUCGUCACAUAGAAAGUAUGAUUCGUAUGUCCGAAGCUCAUGCUAGAAUGCAUCUUCGAGAUUAUGUUCAAGAGGACGAUUUAAACAUGGCUGUGAGAAUGAUGUUGGAGAGCUUCAUUGAAACUCAGAAAUAUAGCGUAAUGAAAUCCAUGAAACAAGUUUUCCAAAGGUUUCUUAUGUUCAAGAAGGAUCAUAGUGAACUACUUUUUUAUAUUCUGAGGCAAUUGGCUCAUGACCAAUUGACUUUCUUAGAUGCAACAAAUGAAUCAGAUGCUUUGAUAAUAGAAAUUAAUGAGAGGGACCUCAUGGAUAAGGCUAAGCAAAUUGGCAUCCAUGAUCUGAAACCAUUUUACAAGAGUUCCAUAUUUGAAAACAAUCAUUUUGUAUAUGAUGCGACAAGAAAAGUUAUUAUUCAUACAAUACCAGAAACAACAACGAUUGAUGAAUAGUUAUGAAUAUUCUAACAUUUUCCAUUAUCUUUUUCCACGAACAAUUUUAACCCUUCAAGUAAUUUGUAUUAUUGUUCCAGUUAUAAUAUGUAGAUCUGUAUAAGUAUGAGAUCUUAGGUUCAGUACCAAACUACUGUUUAUUUUUAGUUUUUAUUGUUGUUUUAUUUCUUUUAUACACAAUAAAAAAUUAUUACAGA